GACUUCAUAAUCUGAUCAUAUUUAUCUAUGGGCAGUCAUCCUGAAAUGUUCUUUCUCUUACAGGCUAUUCUCCAGCCAGUCUUGGAUUUAUUUGAAAAGGAAACAUUGAAAUGUAGCCAAGUACAUGGGGUUUGAAUUCAGAAGGACCUGGAUUGGAUCCUGGUUUUGCUACUUACUCUGAGAACUUUGUGACUUUGAGAGAAUCACUACCUCUCUGAAUCUCAGUUUUCUCGACUGUGUAAUAGGGGUAACACUCACCUACAAGUAUUGUGAGAUACAGUGAAAAACAAAGAAUUAGAAACUCAGAAACAUGUAAACCCUCAGAAAAUGGUAACUUAUUAUUUUAAAAGUAUAAGUUCUCUCUUUUCAGCUCAGGCAUCACUUCAUCCAAGUUUUUCAAUGAUUAGUUAAUGCUGACAUUGAAUGAAUACAAGCAAAAUAGCAAAUCCAGCCAUGUCUAUAGGUUCAUUCAUUUGUAAGGGAAAAGUACAAUUCUGUAGACAAGAUAGUAACUCAGUCUUCAUGUUUACAGUUAAAUAUUUAAUCUGCUGACUUACUAUUACAAGUAGCAGUGCCUAUGCAGCUUGUGUUAUUUUGCCUUGCUCCCCUUUCAGCAAAGUUGUAAGAUUCAUCCUCUUUGUCUACAUAAAAAUGUUUUCAUUUAUUUUCAUUACUAUAUAUAGAAACUUACUACUUUUUUUUUCUUUUUUGUUGUUUUUUUUGAGACAGAGUCUCGCUGUGUUGCCAAGCUGGAGUGCAAUGGUGCGAUCUCGGCUCACUGCAACCUACACCUCCUGGGUUGAAGUGAUUCCCCUGUCUCAGCCUCCUGAGUAACUGGGACUUACUACACUAUUAUUCUACUAUGUGUAGAAUUUUACUACAUGACUACAUCACUACUUAUUCACUGUAAUGUUGAGAGACAAUUGUUUCCAGUUUUGGAUAUUUCAAGAAUUAGUCAUUAAUAUUUUUGUAUGUUAAGGGCCGGGCAUGGUGGCUUACACCUAUAAUCCCAGUGCUUUGAGAAGCUGAGGUGGGAAGAUUGCUUGAGUCCAGGAGUUACAGAUCAGCUCAGGCAACAUAGUGAGACCCUGUCUCUAUAAAAAUAAAAAAGCUGGGCAUGGUGGUGUGUGCCUGUAUUCCCAGCUACUUAGGAGGCUGAGAUGAGAGAAUCUCUUGAGCCCAGGAGUUUAAGGUUACAAUGAGCUGUGAUCUUACACUCCAGCUUGGGUGAUACCAACACCCUGUCGCUUUAAAAAAAACAAAAAACCGAACAUGUAUAUAGCUGUUGCACAUGUGCCUACAUAUCUCUGUGGGAUGCCCAGCAGUGUAAUUUGGGUCAUAGGGUAGAUGUAUUUAUAGCUUUGCUAGAUAAUGUAAAGCUAGUUCUCCAUAGGGGUUUAACCAAUUUAUUUUAUUUUUUGAGGUGGGGAAUCUUGCUUAUGUUGCCCAGGCUGGCCUGGAACUCCUGGGCGCAAGUGAUCCUUCUGCCUCAACCUCCCAAGAAGCUGGGAAUACAGGUGUGUGCCAUGAUGCCCAGCUGGACUUUGUUUUUGUGUAUAAGGGAGGUAGAGAUCCAAUUCUUUUUCUCCCAUAUGAUUAUCUGUCACGUGGUUUUUCUCUGCUCCCAUGCAGUGCCAAUUUUGUCAAAUGGUCUGAUUUUGGGCUCUCUGUUGGGUUCCAUUGGUCUGUUUUUUGUAUCUCUGUUAACAUUACACUAUUAGAAUUACUUUUGUUUUAUAAUAAGUAAUGAUUUCUGUCUGGUAUAGCAAAUUAUCCCACUUGGUUCCUUUAAAGGAAUGUUGUGCUGGUUUUUACACUGUUGUUUGCUGGGGCUAGAACUCUGCAAAUCACAUUUCUCCUUUGCCAGCUGGCUGGCCUGUAGGGACUACUAAAGGCGGGUUGUAGGGCUAGAAGAGACAUUUUCCUUUUUCUUUUUUUUUUCCUUCAAGAUGGGUCUCACUUUGUUGCUCAGGCUGGAGUGCAGUGGUGCCAUCUCGGCUCACUACAACCUCUGCCUGCCAGGUUCAAGCUAUUCUCCUGCCUCAGCCUCCUGAGUAGCUGGGAUUACAGGUGCCUGCCAUCACACCCAGCUGAUUUUUGUAUUUUUAGUAGAGAAUGGGUUUCACCCUGUUGGCUAGGCUGGUCUUGAAUUCCUGGCCUCAAAUGAUCCACCCACCUUGACCUCCCAAAGUUCUGGGAUUACAGGCGUGAGCCACCGCACCUGGCCCAGGACACGUUCCUUCUCUGCUUUCUGUCUCUCAGCAUUCUCUCAGUAACAACUCCUCAUUCUGACAUCACUUGGUUCCAGUUUGCAGUUUUUUUCUGCACUCCCAGAACCACCCUCAUUGUGCCUCUUCAGACGUACAGUACCGGCCAGCCAGCAUUCCUUCUCAAAGGUCAGAGUCCCAGAUGUGUGGGGUCCCUCCUUCAAGCUCCUCUUCUGAGAUCCUGAGUGACAGAGUCUUGCUAUGUUGCCCAGGCCGGUCUCCAACUCCUGGCCUCAAGUGAUCCUCCUGCCUCAGCCUCCCGAAGUGCUGGCAGUAUAGGCAUGAGCCACCGCAGGCACAAGGUUCUUGGGGGCAGCCAAAAUGAGGUUCUUUGUCCCUCUGUUCCUGGUGGGCAUCCUGUUCCCUGCCAUCCCGGCCAAGCAAUUUACAAAAUGUGAGCUGUCCCAGCUGCUGAAAGACAUAGAUGGUUAUGGAGGCAUCGCUUUACCUGAAUUGAUCUGUACCAUAUUUCACACCAGUGGUUAUGACACACAAGCCAUAGUUGAAAACAGUGAAAGCACGGAAUAUGGACUCUUCCAGAUCAGUAAUAAGCUUUGGUGCAAGAGCAGCCAGGUCCCUCAGUCAAGGAACAUCUGUGACAUCUCCUGUGACAAGUUCCUGGAUGAUGACAUUACUGAUGACAUAAUGUGUGCCAAGAAGAUCCUGGAUAUUAAAGGAAUUGACUACUGGUUGGCCCAUAAAGCCCUCUGCACUGAGAAGCUGGAACAGUGGCUUUGUGAGAAGUUGUGAGCGUCUGCUGUCCUUGGCACCCCUGCCCACUCCACACUCCUGGAAUACCUCUUCUCUAAUGCCACCUCAGUUUGCUUCUUUCUGUUCCUCCAAAGCUUAUCUGUCUCUGAGCCUUGGGCCCUGUAAUGACAUCACCGAACUCUUGAGGACUAUUUUCCAGGGAUGCCUGAGUGGUGCACUGAGCUCUAGACCCUUGCUCAGUGCUCCCGAUGGCACUUUCACUACAGCACAGAUUUCACCUCUGUCUUGAAUAAAGGUCCCACUUUGAAGUCA